UUGGGUUAGUUCACCACUAUCUCAAACAACUCAGGGGAAGGUCGUGAAGAGAAUUGUUAUUAAUGAUCCCAACUUUUGGCCACAUGUUGCAUUUUGUGUUAAGAGUGUUGUUCCUCUUGUAAGUGUGUUAAGGGAAGUUGAUUCGGAGGAGAGAUCGGCCAUGGGAUAUAUUUAUGAACUUAUGGAUAAGGCAAAAGAGACAAUAAAAUUUAAUUGUGGGGGAGUUGACAGAAAAUACAAACCCAUUUGGAAAAAAAUUGAUUCACGAUGGACUCCACAACUUCAUCAUCCUCUACACGCGGUCGGGUACUAUUUGAAUCCACAAUUGCGUUAUGAAGAAAGAUUUUCUUAUUGUGAUGAAGUUAGAGAUGGAUUGUAUACUUGCAUGGAUAGGAUGUUGUCUUCUGAUGAUCGUCUUAAAGCCGACAUCCAAUUGGACUUGUAUAAUAAAGCUGAAGGAGAAUUUGGAACUCCAAUAGCAAAACGAACAAGAAUGUUGCGAACUCCGGUCUCGUGGUGGGAACGUUUUGGAAGUAAGACACCCGAGCUUACUACAUUUGCAAUUCGAGUGCUUGGUCUCACUUGUAGUGCUUCGGGAUGUGAAAGAAAUUGGAGCACUUUUGAAUCGAUUCAUACAAAAAAGAGAAAUAGGCUUGAACAUGCAAAGUUGAAUGCGUUGGUGUUUGUGAAAUAUAACUUCAAGCUUAGGGAGAGAAGUAUUAGGAGGAGAGACAAGAUUGAUCCCAUUGUAGUUGAUGAAAUUAAUUCAGAUGAUGAAUGGAUAACUGAGAAAGAAGGUCCAGUUCUCCCCGUAACUACUAAAUGGCUUGAAGAUGAUGAAUUAUUUGAAAGUGAUCCUAUUGUGAGUGUGCCAUCUGCUACCUUUGAAAGUCUUUUCGACUCAGAUAAGCGAGUCGAAGAUGUUGAGGAUAUAGUUGAAGUUCCUCCUACGAAUUCAAAAAAAAGAGUUGCUGAAAAUUCAAGUGGAAGCAAAGACAAACAAGCAAGGUUGAGUCUUGUUGAUGUGGAAGAUAAUCAUCUUGAUGCUGAAAAUUAUGGAGUAAUUCCAACUUUUGAUAGUGGAAAUUUUCCAACCAUAGACACUAUUGAUGAUGAUAGUGAUAUAGAGUUGGAUGAUACUGAUUAUUUUUAAGUUAUGUUGUUUUAAUUAUAAGACUUUUUAAAUUGUUGGUAUGGGAUAUUUUGACAUGUAAUGAAUUAUUAUGAUUAAUUUUAGGUUAUGUUAUUUUUA